GCUACCUGCUUCUUUAUAGACACAGCUCAUAAUGUCAUUGAGUAUGUGGAGACUAUCUGGAAGAUUCUUAAGCCUGGUGGAGUGUGGAUCAACCUGGGUCCGCUGCUGUACCACUUUGAGAACAUGGCCGACGAGCUGUCAGUUGAACUUAGCUACGAAGACAUCAGGACAGCGAUUGUCAACUAUGGCUUCCAUAUAGAGGUGGAGAAGGAGUCAGUUCAGACCACAUACACGGAGAACGACCACUCCAUGUUGAGAUACAUUUACGACUGCGUCUUUUUUGUGGCACGAAAACCUGCAGACGUGUACUGUAACGGUCGAGAAGAAGAAGAUGACCAUCUACAGAGCACCCCACCGGCUGCUAAGUCUCCACGACGAGAAGUCACGAAAGUCUUGGAUUGAGGAGACCUUCUUCAAGAGAGAGUGUGUGAAGUUUAUCCCUUCAUCUUGGGACCUGCAUAGAUGUAUUCCCGUAUGUCAAGUAUGCCAAAACUUGAUCAGAUGUUGUUGUGGCCGCCUGAUGGGAGAGCACUCUUGGCGAGAGUCCCUUCCCCCCAUAUCCCUCUAUCCUGGGCCAGGACAGGACCUGGUAGAGGACUGGUCCAUGGAGCAACACACCAAAGCCAGUCCCACCAAUGCCUAUGGGACCGUAGACUUCCAGGACACUGCCACACGUGUCUGCAGGGCCAAGUAUGUCCGUGUGGCUGUGGACUCCAAGCCAGAGGUGUUGCUGCAGCUGAUGCUGAGGGAGUGGCAGAUGGAGAGACCCAAGCUGCUCCUGACUGUGCAGGGGGGGUCAGAAAACUUCACCCUGCCUCUUAAAGUCAAGCAGGCCUUCAGCAAAGGGCUGAUCACCGCUGCAAUCAGCACCGGGGCAUGGAUACUCACUGAUGGCAUUAACACAGGUGUGUCCAAGUAUGUGGGCGAGGCUGUGAAAACAUUUGGGGGCCACAACCUGAGGAAGAGAAACACAGUCGGCAUCACACCAUGGGGAGUCAUUCACAACAACUCAGACCUUUUAGGCAAAGAUGUAUUCAGGCCCUACCAGCCCCUGGGAAACCCGUUGAGCAAGAGAGCCUGUCUUAAUGGGUUCCACUCCCACUUUCUGUUGGUGGACGAUGGGACGCUGGGAAAACAUGGCUGCCAUCAAGGCCUCAGGAGGAAGCUGGAGAGACACAUACAACUACAGAAGAUACACCCUCGGCUGAACCAAGGGGUGCCUGUGGUGUGUGUGGUGGUGGAAGGAGGCCCUGCCAUUGUGUCCACAGUGUUGGACUAUGUUAGCAAUGUCCCCCCUGUGCCAGUGUUUGUGUUUGAGGGGUCGGGCAGGGCAGCUGACCUUCUCGCCUUUUUGCACAAGCAGACUGCUAAUGACAGGCAGUUGGAUGCUGACAUCAAAGAGAACUUCCUUUUGAGGAUUGGAGACGUGUUUGGAGUCGAGAUGGCAGAAGCCUCUCAGCUCUACACUCUCCUCCUGCAGUGUAUGGAUCACAGACAGUCUAUAACCAUCUUUGACUCAGAGUCAGACGACCAUGCUCCAGCCGAUGCUGCCAUUUUGACAACCAGUCUCAAGGGCACCAAGGCCAGCCCUGCAGAGCAGCUGAGCAUGGCUCUGGCCUGGGACCGGGCUGACGUCGCACAGAAGGCAGUUCUGGUGUACGGACAGCAUUGGCCGGUGGGUUCCUUGGAGCAGGCCAUGCUGGAUGCUCUGGUGAUGGACCGGGUCAGUUUUGUCAAACUGUUGAUUGACAACGGCAUGACUAUGAGCCGCUUCCUUACCGUGGAUCGCCUCGAGGAGCUCUAUAACAUGCCACAGGGGCAGACCAACUGUUUCUUAAAUCACCUUGUUGAAGAUGCCAAACAGACUUCUCUUCCCAUAGGUUACCGUCUCUCUCUCAUUGACAUGGGCCUGGUGAUCGAGUACCUAAUAGGAGGAGCAUACCGCAGCACCUACACACGCAAACACUUCAGAGCUGCCUAUAGCCGCCUGCAGGAUAAAGAGGGCAGACAGGGCUGUUCCCUUUCUAGACAGAGACGGGGAAUACCACAGAUCUCUACAAAGGGCAGGACCGUCCAGGACCUGCACUUUUUCAGAACAGCUCAGCCAUACAAACUCAAGGAGCAGGAUUUUUCAACGGGGGACAGUCGAGAGGGAGAGGUCACCCCGAUCCCGGGCCUUGUUAAUGCUCCACUGCUGAUAGCCUUCAACUUCAACGACGUGUUCGUAUGGGCUGUGUUUCAUCAGCGCCAGCAGAUGGCGUUGUUCCUGUGGCAGCACGGAGAGGAAGCUCUGGCCCGCGCUACAGUGGCCUGUAAGCUCUACCGCUCCAUGGGCUUUGAGGCGAGGCAGGGAAGUAUGGACGACAACAUCUCAGAGCGAUUUAAGAAAUACUCUCUCGAGUUUGGUCAGCUGGCGGUGGACAUGUUAGACUGUGCGUUUCGUCAGAACGAGCAGAUGGCCAUGAAGCUGUUGACUUCAGAGAUGGAGGCAUGGAGCCACUUCACCUGUCUGCAGAUGGCUGUCUCCUCAUGUCACAGACCAUUCGUCUCACACUCCUGCACUCAGACGCUGCUCACAGACCUCUGGACCGGUCCGCUCAACAUGAGGAAAAACUCCUUUGUGAAGAUAAUUCUGAGUCUUCUUCUGCCGCCUGCCAUCUUGCUACUGGAGUUCAAAAGCAAAGCUGAAAUGUGCCACGUACCACAGUCCCAUGAGGAAAUGCCGUUCGGGCUUGAGUCUGUGAAGUCAGCACCAGCCCAUGAGGGAGCUGAUGUCACGGAAGCUCAGGAUGCAGAGCGGGGCCUGCCGUUCCAUAAAAAAUGUUUGGGUCCUGUGUCAGAAACGUUCUCCUCUAUCACUGUGCACUGUCUGUCCUGGAUCAAAAGACUCUAUGCGUUCUACACGGCUCCUGUUGUCAAGUUCUGGUUUCACACAAUGUCCUACUUGACCUUCCUGAUGUUAUUUUCCUACGUGGUCCUGGUGAAGAUGGGGGAUCAGCCCAGUGUUCAGGAGUGGCUGGUCAUAGCGUACAUCUUGUCCACUGCAGUGGAGAAAACCAGAGAGGUCCUAAUGUCGGAGCCGAGGAAGCUGAGCCAGAAGCUGAAGGUCUGGUUCUCUGAGUACUGGAACAUAUCAGAUUUUAUUGGCAUCCUCCUCUUCAUGGCUGGAUUGGUGCUGCGUUGGCAUGCUAAUCCGUACCGGACGGCAGGACGCAUCAGUUACUGUCUGGACAUCAUCUUCUGGUUCAUCAGGGUGACGGACCUGUUGGCUGUCAACCAGCAUGCUGGGCCUUACCUCACCAUGAUCACUAAGAUGACCAGAAACAUGUUCUUCAUAGUGGUGAUGAUGGUGAUAGUGCUGCUGAGCUUCGGGGUGUCCAGGAAGGCCAUCCUGUCGCCAAAUGAGGAGCCGUCCUGGAGCCUCGCUCGAGACGUCGUCUUCCAGCCCUACUUUAUGAUCUUCGGAGAGGUCUACGCAUCGGAGAUAGAUCCUUGUGAUGACGGUCUUCCGUGUCCUCCUGCUUCCUUUCUCACGGCGUUCCUUCAGGCGGUCUAUAUGUUCUUCCAGUACAUCAUCAUGGUCAACAUUCUCGUUGCAUUUUUUAACAACAUCUACUUUGACAUGGCAUCAACGUCCAAUAAGCUGUGGAAGUACAACCGUUAUCGCUACAUAAUGACCUAUCAGGACAGGCCGUGGCUGCCUCCACCUCUUAUCCUCCUCAGUCACAUGACCUCAGGUUUGAGAGCCAUCUACAGGAAAUUGAGAGGAGACCCUGAACGAGAGGAAAGUGGCUCUGGACUGAAGCUCUCCCUGGGCGACGAGGAUCGUAAGAAGCUCCAUGAGUUUGAGGAGAAAUGUAUAACGGCUCACUUCCAUGAGAAGAGUGAAUGUCUCCACAGCAGUCAAAUUAACAGGAUCAGAGCCACAGCUGAGAGAGCUGAGGAGAUGUGCCUGAUGGUGGGGGAGGUCUCGGAGAAGGUCAUCUUCAUUCAUGAUAGCCUGUCGGAGCUGGACUCUCAGCUGGGUCAGCUCCAGGACCUUUCUGCUCUGGCUGUGGACACCCUCACUCUGCUCUCUGCAUCUGACAGCCUACACCAGGAGGCCCGCCUGGCUCAAUGUCGAGUCAUCACAUCGUCCCCGCUUAUCCUCCCUCACAGCUUGACUCUCCCACACAGAGGUGGAGCAGACUGUGAUGCACUUAAUAUGUGUCGAGUGAUGCCCAAGUUGUGUAAAAGUACCCCGCCUUCUUUGCUGAAGGGCCAUGGCCUUGUGGCGAGUAGACUGGCAUCCCAGGAGAGCAGGGGAGGAAAACAAGGACACACUGAGAAGGGAGAGGAAGAAGCAAAGCAGGAUCCACAGAUUGCUCCUGCUCAACGUCCGCCUGAGAACGACCUGGGAGUUUCUAAACCUGCGUCUCGUUCUUCCUUCUCUCACCUCUACGGAGACGGAGUUAAUCUGGGUAGAUUGAGGGAUCAGACCCCCUGUGAGUCAAUCGGACCGCCCCACUGCGGGUCUCCUCUUGCUCCCAUAGGCCUGGAGUCACCGCAUCAUAAACUCUCGACAUGUGACCCAUACCUGUAUCGCAGUCAAGAAGAACCUUACGUGGAAGAGGAGGAAGAAGAGGGAGAAGGAGAGGAGGAAAGGACACAUGAACAACUCUCUAAUAUAGAAGUAUCCCGUGGAUCUAGCAACGCUGUCCUUCUGUCUGACCCACGAGAAGUCUGUGAGGGUUUGGUGAAUCCCGCCUUUUCUCAGGACGUUAGCCAACCGAGUUCUCGGCCCAGACUUUACAGCCAGUGGGGCCGACCUGUGAAAUCUUCCAGGUGGGCGUGUCUGUCCAGAGACCGUCCCUACGGAUACUGCAGGUCUCUGUCCUCCAGCGUGGAGAACAUGACUUUCUCAGGCGCACCUCAGAGUCAAAGGAGGGGGUCAUUCCCUUCUCUAGACGAACCAAUCAGCAAAGAGAGUCUGUCUGAUGGGAGGAGUUUUAGUGAUGACACAUCGCUACGAAGCAGCAUGAGCAGAGAGUGGUCCAAGUCAUCUGACUUCCCUCAAGACUGCAGAGGCAAAAACCAGAACAAGAAGACAGUGAAGAUACAAGAGAGCGCUCCAAACACGUCCCAUUUGUCUGGGUCCUGCUGGAGAAGGGGCCGAAGAUUUCGAGGAGAAUCUACAUGUUGGUUGGCUUCAACCAGCCUCAAUCAGCUCAAUUUUGAACCAAUGGAUUUGUUGCAGAAGCAAGUCUUUUCCCAUCAGGAUGCAUGGAGCUCGACCCAUUCAGCAUGGAACAGCUGGGCCAGAUCCAUGAGCCACAGGUCUUCUUUACAGAGCGUGAUUGCCCUUGAAGCAAAGAGCUCCUCAUUCCAGUCCACUGACAAUUUGUAUCCACACUAUGCAGCUAUGGAGAGAAACAAUCUGAUGAGACUGGCUCACACCAUUCCCUUCACUCCUGUCUCUAUUCUAGGAGUUGAAGAGGUGAGCGUGUACUCUCUGGAGGAAGUUCCCUCUGAUGCUGACCCUGAUGCCGGCACAGUCUCGUCCUGGUCGUCACAUGGCCUGUCCGCCCUGCUGCAGCCCCUUUCCAGUGAAGAGGGCUCUCUGGACGGGGGUCUCCGGCAGGGCUGCAGGGUGCUGUGCACCUGGGCUGAACGUGACGUGCUCAGACCCGGCCUGGUAUACGUGGUCAAAGCCUUCAGGCCGGAGGUGGUUCGUGCCUGGCAGAGGAUAUUCCAUGGUAGCACAGCACUGCUGCUUUGUUUAAGGGAGAUCCAGCAGCAGAGAGCAGCCCAGAAGAUGAUGCAAGAGUUCAACGAGGUCAAACCUGAUGACAUGCACCACUCACCAAGAUUCCUAGAUGUAGCGUUGGUCCUCUGGCAAUCGAAUGGCCAGUGGCUGACUAUUGAGAGGAACAUGACAGGUGACUUCAGGAAGUACAACAACAACACCACAGGAGAGGAGAUCACCCCCUGCUGUUCACUGGAAGAAAUGCUGCUGGCGUUCUCACACUGGACAUACGAGUACUCAAACAGAGAGCUGCUGGUGCUCGAUAUACAGGGAGUAGGAGCGGAGCUGACGGACCCGACAGUCAUUAUGUCGGAUGAUCAAAGUGGAAGCAGGGGUGAGAUGCUUUUUGGUCCAGAUAACCUCGGAGAUGCUGCCAUCAGCGGUUUCCUGCAGAGACACUCUUGCGGUGCCUGCUGCCGCAGACUGGGCCUAGCAGAUUUAAGGAAGUGUUUGGACGGCCGCGAGAACAGCAGCGAGGCUGAGCCGACGCCGCGGAGGGAAGAACAAAAGGACGAUGAAACUAGGAUGUAACCUUUGACCCAGGAAGUAGGGAAAGAAAGACACUUGCACUUUUACCAACACAUGUACACGUGUGUACUGCAACACGUCUGCCUGAACACACACAUCUAUGACCUGCAUAAUGUGUGCCUGAGUUAGUCCUGAUCUCUUUGCUGCGGAAACAGCGAGAGUGAAGAGGGACCAUGAGCAGUCUGGGACUGGAUUCUAGAGAUGAUAUUAAAUUAGGAUCUAAUAUAUUAUUUAAAUAUAUUAAGCAAAAACUGUCAGGAGGGAUCUUUGAAUUGUUCUUAUAAAAAGGGGUUUAUAUCAUUCAGCUGUAUUUAAUCAAUCAUAAUACAGUUAUAACAUGUUUUUACAAAAGUCUAAAUCACUAUUUUUCUAUUUUUUCUAUAAAUAUGUUUAUAUAUUGAUAUAAUUAAUGUAAUAGCUUAGACACUAAUACAUGAUUGAUUCAUUUCCAAGGGUAAAGUGAUUUCAUAUUUUGUUAAUAUAAAACAAUCUUUAAAUUCAACAAUGUGUGUGAGAAAGAAAAACAAGUCAGAAAUGCACCCAUAAAAUUUAUUUUAUUUUUUUUUCUUCCCACAACAAAAUGUCUACAAAAGCGAUAAAAUAUAGUAUUUAACAAAAAUCACUUCAGACCUUCACAUUGUAUAUACAUGUCAAAGGAGGACUCGGUAAGGGCCCUGCAUAACUCUGAACUUCAACCCACGUUGAUCCAUCAAGUGUGGGUGUUUGUGGCUCUUCUUAAUGCAAAUGCACACACACACACCUAGACACACUCUUUCAUUCUCAUGUGAAAAUAAAAAAAUCUACAGUACAGCUGAUGGAUUAAAAGUAGAGUCAGAGUUCAGAGUUCAGCAGAGAUCCCUCUUACCAAAUGAAAAAAAAGCAUAAAAUGUAAAAACUGUAAGUGUAAUCAAAUACACUUUUUCAUGUAGUUCCCCUUUUUUGAUUGGUUUCUCAAGUAAACUCACACAGUAAAGCAUCUACGCCCCACUCUGCCAGUCCUUCCUCUCCUCACUAGCUAUGGCACUUUGAAACAAAAAAAAAUCGCAUUUUAUUGUUUUUUUUUUGUCUUGUUUUGUUAGUCCUGUGUAAAAGAGGUUCUGUAGCCUAAGCACCUUUUAGGUUUCGGUUACAGUUUGCUACAUUUUGUUUUAUUUGCUCUUGCUGGGACGCAAAGACAUUCUAAACAAUAAAUUAACAAUUUUCAACACUA